AUGGAUACUUCAACAACACCAGGAUCAGAAGACAUCUCCAGAGAGCUGGCCUGGUAUGUCAAGAACACCAGUUGUUGUUAACGCUCAUCAGCAACAUUCCCCUCAAAGUUUGUAUUAGUUGAUGAUGAUGUAGCUAUGGUUCAGGGCGUUACCUGUGGCUUGAAGCCACACAUAAGCCUUGGACUAGAGCUAAUGAUGAUGAUGGUGAUGAUGAUUGUGGCGAUUAUGACAGUGUUGAUGACAGAAGUGUAUGGGACACAGAAUGUGGUGGAUAUAACUAUUAUGAUAAAAUAGUAAAACUCUUCUUUUGAGGACCGUCCUGGCUGAUAGUAACACUUUCUGAUGUGUCACCAGGAGUGGGCGGAUAGUCCCAGACAAUGAGUUCAGACACAAGGUGAUGCAGAGAGCCCACCGGGGACAUGUGAGGGAAUGCCUGGCCCAGGCCAUCUUCCACAAGGUGCUGGACAUGGAGAUGAGAGGGGGAGUAGGGUGAAGUUGCCCCUAAAUGCUGAUCCUGGGUCAGUUUGGCAUUUUCCACACUAAUGGUUAAGUUUAGGAUUGGGGGAGGGGAAGCUGAUCCCAGAUCUGUACCUAGGGGAAACUUCACCCCGGACCGGUGAGAGGGACAUGGGUUCAGGAGGCCACAACAUUUUAGAACAUUCAGAUAUAGAAAUAUGUUUUGUAGAACAUAAAUACCUCUCUGACAUUUAGAGAAAAGUAUCAUGUCAACUCUACUCAUGACAUUUCUGUGCUACUCGACUCAUGACAUAGAAAUGAGUAGAGCUGACCUGAUACUUAUCUCUACUUGUCAGAGGCAUUUCUGUUCUACAUAACAUAUUUCUAUCUGAACGUUCAGUACGUUGUGCUCUACUGAAUGUGACCCUGUCCUAGUGACAAUGAUCCCACUGCUCUGAUUGGUGGGUUGUGCCUGCCUCUGUGUAAACAUUGUCCUCCUGUGUCCUUCCAUCCUAUCCAGUGUCUCCAUCAGAUCGAAAUCAAGAGGUUGGAGGAUUUUACCCGGAGGGAGAGAGUGCAUAAAAUCAAGGUGCAUCAUUUGAAUAUAAAUAUUCUGUAUUCCCUGUGACCGAAAGGUCGCUGGUUCUAAUCCCCGAGCCGACUAGGUGAAAAAUCUGUCGAUGUGCCCUUGAGCAAGGCACUUAACCCUAAUUGCUCCUGUAAGUCGCUCUGGAUAAGAGCAUCUGCUAAAUGACAAAAAAAUAAAUAAAUAAAAAUCAGGGAACAGGAUUGCUGUAAAUAGCAGAUACAUUCCAUUACAGCUGCGCCAUUGUAGAUUUGAACAACAAGUUUCUCCAUGAAGUUAAACACAGACUGCACAUCUCGCCCACAUAACUGACAACUGCAAGCAGACUGGUGGCACCAUAGGUCCCAGAGUGGGGGGACAAUUUUUUACCCCCUGGGGCCCGGGGGGAUGAAAACCCUGUCAAACUGCAGCAACCUUAUACUUGUUCAUAUGAAUUAUAUUUAGACUAGAUUAGGAGUGGGAUUUCCUCUACCCAGACACAGAGACAACUGAUAGAGUGGCUCCCAAAUGGCGCAGUGGUCUAAGGCACUGCACCUCAGUGCUUAAGGAUUGGGGCGGCAGGUAGCUUAGUGGUUAAGAGCGUUGUGCCAGUAACUGAAAGGUCGCUGGUUCUAAUCCCCGAGCCGACUAGGUGAAAAAUAUGUCGAUGUGCCCUUGAGCAAGGCACUUAACCCUAAUUGCUCCUGUAAGUCACUCUGGAUAAGAGCAUCUGCUAAAUGAAAAAAAACAACAACAAAAAAAUAUUGACGCGUCACUACAGACCCCCUGGUUCGAUUCCAGGCUGUAUCACAACCGGCUGUGAUUGGGAGUCCCAUAGGCCGGCGCACAAUUGGCCCAGCGUCGUCCGGUGUAGGUCGUCAUUGUAAAUAAGAAUUUGUUUUUAUCUGACUUGCCUUGUUAAAUAAAGGUUAAAAAUAGACAAUAGAACUCACAGGGCUGAGCUUGCUUUAUGCAUGUUUGCGUCAUGCAGGCCUAUGCAACUGUAGGCCUUAUUAUAAAACAUUACAUCACAUCUGUCAUCACUAUUAUGUUGAUUGAUUAAUUCCAGUUAAUAAUUUUGGAUUGAAAACGUAUAGGCAGCCUAGCCAGCCCAAUUUGGAAUAUAAACCAAAUUUGAUCACAUUCACAUUUUCUCCUGACACACAAAUAGACUAUAAAUGCAUAAAGUUACCAAUUAGUUACCCUGACCAAAUGGACCGGGCACAUAGGCUGUAUGCAUCUGCUCUUAUUAGUAGCCUACAGUUGAUCAGACUGAAAGAUAGUCUCGUUUUCAUCCCAUACAGCAUGUCAGAUCUCUAAUGUUUAGGUGUAGCCUAGGCUGCUGCAACAUUUAUGUACUGAGUUUUUGCUUGUGUCUGUCCGGAGUGAUUAUGUGUUAUCGUCUUUACUAAAUAAAUACCGGAGGAAAGUGGAAAGCCUACUUGAGCAUGCGCGAAAAAUUGCGCCGCGUCAACCGCUCUCUUUAAUCUAACUUUUAAUGGAUGAUGCGAUGGAAGCUUUUGAAUUGAUUUCGACAUCCCAGAAAAAGACAGUAGAAAGUUCCAUAUGUUCAGCAAGUAAAGCAUCGUAACGCGCAAUUACUGCUGCAAGCUCCUUGAAGUUGCACUUGUUAGCAGAACUUUCCCUCUUGUCGUGUGCUCUAAAAGCCCAUUCUUGCAUGCCCAAAAACGCAGUGGUGUCGAUAAGCCGCUUGAGAACAUCCCUGUUUCUUCUUACUUUCUCGUUGUGUGGUGCAGUUUGAAUACACAGACCUUCCUCAUGAUCGAUGCGGCUUUUUCCCAGAAGCUUGAAUCUGAUGUGGGCAUUUAUAUGCUCCCUGCUUUUGUUUCGGCGUUUAGCUGAAUGAUCGAUGUUCUUCAGAUCCCUCUUUCUCCCAAGGCUGACUUUCCAAAAAGCAGGCAAUGCCAGCAAUACAGGCGGCUUGAUGAAAGGCUCCUUGUUAACCAGCUAUAAUUUUAAUACCAAUUGGUAUUGAACACCCUCACCUUUUAAUCAGCACAACCCCAAUACAACACACUAGGUUUAUUCGCUGAUCCUAAUCCUAUGAUUGGAUGGACAACAUGUCAGUUCAUACUGCAAAAGCGUUGAUUGGUUGGAGGUUGUCCUCCAGAAGUGGUCAUAAUUACCAUGUAGGUCUAUGGAAGUGGGUGAAGCCUACGAGCCUCCUAGGUUUUGUGUUGAAGUCAAUGUACCCAGAGGAGGACAGAAGCUAGCUGUCCUCCAGCUACACCAUGGUGCUACCCCAGAGAGUGCUGUUGAAGUUACUAUAGACCUUAAUUGCAAAACACUGUGUUUUAAUCAAUAAUUUGGUGACAUAUGAAUAUAUUUAGUAUAGUUUUAUCUAAAAAGGAUAACUUUUUUAGUGUUUCACUAUUUUUAUUUUUUAUGACAUUUCACUGAGGAGGAUGAUCCUCCCCUUCCUUCUCUGAGGAGCCUCCACUGGUGCCAGGUCUUAAUGGCUGAAUAAAUAAAGGCCUGCCCGGGUUUUCUGGCUUUGAUUAUUGUAUUUACUAGAAGUUAGAUCUCGCUUAUUGUUGAAACUCGGCAAACAUACAUAUCACAAGCAUGUUGGGGCUUGUUCAUUCCUUACUAUGCGAAGUUGCCAAAAAUAAUUCAAAUAUCAUAAAAAGCACUUGGUUAAACAUAGUUAAUGUGUACAUGGAUGUACCGAAGAGCAUGUUUGAAAUCCUCAAACAUUCACAUAUGAGCUUUUAAAUGUGUGUAGGAAAAGUAUACUUUUAAGUAACAUAUCCUGUGUCUUUUACACUGUAUGCUUGAUCCACCUAGUGUCACGCCCUGGCUCGGGGGACUCUCGUAUGUUGAGCCAGGGUGUUAGUUUCUAUGUUUUUGUUGUGGGUCUAGGUUACUUAUUUCUAUGUUGGUCUGAGUGACUCCCAAUCAGAGGCAACGAGUGUCUGCUGGUUGUCUCUGAUUGGGAGCCAUAUUUAAACAGUCGGGUUUUCAUUCGUGUUGGUGGGUUUUUGUUUCGAGUCUGUUUAUGGUAACCGUGAACUGUCACGUAUCGUUCAUUGUUUUGUUCGUGUUGCCUUCAGUGAGAAUAAAUAUGUUUGCAUUCAACGCUGCGCAUUGGUCCACUCUGUUAGACGAUCUUGACAGAAAAACCCACCUCUACUGGACCAAGCAGCGAGUCGAGGAGCCAUCGCCAGGGAAAUCGCUGGCAGAUCUCCGUGGCAGCUUCGACUGGGUCAAGCCCAUUGAGGAGCUGAGUGACGAGGGUUGGAGACAGAGGAGCGAGAGGUGGGCGAGAACGAUGAAGGCCUGGCCCACGGGGAGGAGAGACCCCCAGAAAAUGUUUAGGGGGGGGCUCACGACGUCGGGGCAGCAGGAGGCCGCUAUGGAGCGGUCCAGCGGGGUUGCAGAGGAGGCCGCCAGGUUACGGGGGCCACUGGCCGAAGAGGGGGUGGAAGGUGUAGAGGCACGGCGAGAGGUACUGGGGUGUGUUACCAGUCCGGUCCGGCCCAUUCCAGAUCCCGGCGUAGGACCAGUGGUGUGUGUCCCCAGUACGGUCCGGCCUGUUCCUGCUCCCCGCACCAAGUCUGUGGUGCGUUUCGUCAGCCCUGUCCGGCCCGUUCCUGCUUCCCGCACCAAGUCUGUGGUGCGUUGCGUCAGCCCUGUCCGGCCCGUUCCUGCUUCCCGCACCAAGUCUGUGGUGCGUUUCGUCAGCCCUGUCCGGCCCGUUCCUGCUCCCCGCACCAAGUCUGUGGUGCGUUUCGUCAGCCCUGUCCGGCCCGUUCCUGCUCCCCGCACCAAGUCUGUGGUGCGCGUCGCCAGCCCAGUCCGGCCCGUUCCUGCUCUCCGCACCAAGUCUGUGGUGCGUUUCGUCAGCCCUGUCCGGCCCGUUCCUGCUCUCCGCACCAAGUCUGUGGUGCGUUUCGUCAGCCCUGUCCGGCCCGUUCCUGCUUCCCGCACCAAGUCUGUGGUGCGCGUCGCCAGCCCAGUCCGGCCCAUUCCUGCUCCCCGCACCAAGUCUGUGGUGCGUUUCGUCAGCCCUGUCCGGCCCGCUCCUGCUCCCCACACCAAGCCAGUGGUGUGCGUCGUCAGUUCAGCAAGGCCCGUGCCUGUUCCCCACACCAAGCCAGUGGUGUGCGUCGUCGGUCCGGCACGGCACGUGCCUGUUCCACUGGUGCCUGGUCCGUCGCCGGUCAGAUGCGUUACGCCGGAGCUAGAGCAAUCCGCUCCACCAGUGUGCAGUCCAGCUCCGGUCAGCAGGGCCAGACCGGACCAGGGGUACUUUGGGGGGUUAGAGAGCGAGUGGGGAUCAUGCCCGGAGCCGGAUCCGCCGCCUAGGCGGAGUGCCCACCCGGUCCCUCCCCUGUUGGGUUUCGUUGGCGCGGUCGGAGUCCGCGCCUUUAGGGGGGGGUACUGUCACGCCCUGGCUCGGGGGACUCUUGUAUGUUGAGCCAGGGUGUUAGUUUCUAUGUUUUUGUUGUGGGUCUAGGUUACUUAUUUCUAUGUUGGUCUGAGUGACUCCCAAUCAGAGGCAACGAGUGUCUGCUGGUUGUCUCUGAUUGGGAGCCAUAUUUAAACAGUCGGGUUUUCAUUCGUGUUGGUGGGUUUUUGUUUCGAGUCUGUUUAUGGUAACCGUGAACUGUCACGUAUCGUUCAUUGUUUUGUUUGUGUUGCCUUCAGUGAGAAUAAAUAUGUUUGCAUUCAACGCUGCGCAUUGGUCCACUCUGUUAGACGAUCUUGACACCUAGUCUGAAUGACACAGCUCUUCGCUGUGUAGUCACGUGGGUCGCGUCAACCACGCUAUCAUGCACCAAUCAUUUGAAUACAAAUGUUGAUAUUUGUUUGGCAUUUUGAUAUUUGAUACUAGGUAGCUUAAGACCCCUUGACUUUUUCCACAUUUUGUUACGUUACAGCCUUAUUCUAAAAUGGAUUAAAUAAAACAAUUUCCUCAUCAAUCUAUACGCAAUACCCCAUAAUGACAAAGUGAAAACAGUUUUUUAGAGAAAACAGAAAUACCUUAUUUACAUAAGUAUUCAGACCCUUUGCUAUGAGACUCGAAAUUGAGCUCAGGUGCAUCCUGUUUCCAUUGAUCAUCCUUGAGAUGUUUCUACAACUUGAUUGGAGACCACCUGUGGUAAAUUCAAUUGAUUGGACAUGAUUUGGAAAUGCACACACCUGUCUAUAUAAGGUCCCACAGUUGACAGUGCAUGUCAGAGCAAAAACCAAGCCAUGAGGUUGAUGGAAUUGUCCGUAGAGCUCAGAGACAGGAUUGUGCCGAGGCACAGAUCUGGGGAAGGGUACCAAAAAAUGUCUGCAGCAUUGAAGGUCCCCAAGAACACAGUGGCCUCCAUCAUUCUUAAAUGGAAUAAGUUUGGAACCACCAAGACUCUUCCUAGAACUGGCCGCCCGGCCAAACUGAGCAAUCGGGGAAGAAGGGCCUUGGUCAGGAAGGUGACCAAGAACCCGAUGGUCACUCUGACAGACCUCCAGAGUUCCUCUGUGGAGAUGGGAGAACCUUCCAGAAAGACAACCAUCUCUGCAGCCCUCCACCAAUCAGGAUUUUAUGGUAGACGAACAGAAGCCACUCUUCAGUAAAAGGCACAUGACAGCCCGCUUAGAGUUUGCCAAAAGGCACCUAAAGACUCUCAGACCAUGAGAAACAAUAUUCUUUGGUCUGAUGAAACCAAGAUUGAACUCUUUGGCCUGAAUGCCAAGCAUCACGUCUAGAGGAAACCUGCCACCAUCCCUAUGGUGAAGCAUGGUAGUGGCAGCAUUAUGCUGUGGGGAUGUUUUUCAGCGGCAGGGACUGGGAGACUAGUCAGGAUCGAGGGAAAGAUGAACGAAGCAAAGUACAGAGAGAUCCUUGAUGAAAACCUGCUCCAGAGCACUCAGGACCUCAGACUGGGGCGAAGGUUCACUUUCCAUCAGGACAACGACCCUAAGCACAACACAGGAGUGGCUUCGGGACAAGUCUCAAUGUCCUUGAGUGUCCCAGCCACAACCUGGACUUGAACCCGAUCGAACAUCUCUGGAGAGACCUGAAAAUAGCUGUGCAGCGACGCUCCCCAUCCAACCUGACAGAGCUUGAGAGGAUCUGCAGAGAACAAUGGGAGAAACUCGCCAAAUACAGGUGUGCCAACCUUGUAGCGUCAUACCCAAGAAAACUCGAGGCUGUAAUCGCUGCCUAAGGUGCUUCAACAAUGUACUGAGUAAAAGGUCUGAAUACUUAUGUAAAUGUGAUAGUUGAGUUUUUUGCUUUGUCAUGGGGAAUUUUGUGUAGAUUGAUGAGGGAAAAACAAUUUAUUCAAUUUUAGAAUAAGGCUGUAACGUAACAACAUAUGGAAAAAGUCAAGGGGUCUGAAUACUAUCUUUAUAACAGCUACAUGAAUAUAUAACAUCCAUCAUAGGCAGCCUUAAAGAUGAUGAACAAAGCAUAAAUUACCUAUAUUUCUGUGAAAAUUGUUAAUAGAAGCAUAGUAUAUGCUCUGUCUACGUAUCUAUGGUACACUAUCAAAAUCAUGUUAAUAAGAUAGUUGAUCAUGUUAAUAAGAUAGUUAAUCAUGUCAAUAAGAUAGUUAAUCAUGUUGGUAAGAUAGUUCAUCAUGUUGGUAAGAUAGUUCAUCAUGUUGAUAAGAUAGUUAAUCAUGUUGAUAAGACAGUUAAUCAUGUUAACAGGAUAGUUCAUCAUGUUAAUAAGACAGUUGACCCCGCCAACAGACUAUGAAGAUGACUUUGAGGUGGAUGACGAGGGGCAGGAUGACGGAGGAGAAGAGAAGAGAAGUCUGACAGUCUGACAGUUGGACGAUGACAAAGAUGGUUAGUUAAUAACCUUGAAUAAUCUUUCAUCAUAAUCAAAAUGAAAUUAAUUCAAAUACAAUAGAAGAUUAUACCCCAAUCCAAAUAUAGCCCACUUCAUCCAUUCAUCAUAGAUCUUAGAUCUUCAAAUGAUUCAUUCUCUAUUCAUUUGUCUCUCUUGUAGAAGAGAGAAGGUCAAGGUCAGGCUCCAGCUCCCCAGGCAGUAACAGGGACGAGGCUGAGGCCAAGGAGGACCAAGCAGUCAACCUGGCAGCUGACCAACCCAAAGACCCAGAGGAGGAGGCUCCUCCCCAGGCUGAACAGGAGAAAGACAGCCCUGCCACUACCACCACCGCACCCGAUCCAGACCAACCACCCACAGAGGAUCCCAACACAGCCACAGAGAGCAGCUCUCCUACCCCUCCCCAGACCACCUCGACUGGGAGUGAGGACACAGGGACCCUGGAGGACAGCCCUGGGGACAGUGCAGGGAGAACCACAGAGCUGGAGGUGUCAGACACCUGAGCCUGAGAGGGGUAAGUACGCACCGCCACACCCAGACUGUGCUGCAGGGGUCGUCACCUGAGAGAGAGCUGCCUGUACCCCUCCCUUUCUGGGGUCUUUUCCACCAUCAGAGCUGCCAGUGUUGCAAUAAAGUCGUAAUUUCAAUUUGAACAAAUGUUUUCUUAUUUGAUCUACAGUAUAUCGUUCCAUAUGUAUGAGAUUUCAGCAAUUUAACAUUGUGAAUUAUGACAAGAAUGGUCCCAGUUCUGAUAGUGUAAAAGGUGCUACUGAGUGUUGCUUAUGGGCUUGGGGGAAACCAUCUCCUGCUGCGUGUUGGACCUGUCUGAGCUUUUCUCAUUCUCCUUUAUGCUUUGUAAUUGUGAUGAGAAAUGAGAUGGCUGUUGGAGUUGAGUGGUAACAUGAUUUUUUGGUCUCAUGUGUGUUUGUAUUCUAAUGGUUGCCAGUAUUUUUGGACUAUCAUUUUAUAAACAUAAAUUCUCUUUACCGUAGGUAGUUCUUCCUCAAAAUUGGUUUAACCUCUCAAGGAUCUGACCCUUUUUUUCAAUUUUCACCUAAAAUGACCUACCCAAAUCUAACUGCCUGUAGCUCAGGACCUGAAGCAAGGAUAUGCAUAUUCUUGAUACCAUUUGAAAGGAAACACUUUGAAGUUUGUGGAAAUGUUAAAUUAAUGUAGGAGAAUAUAACACAUUAGAUCUGGUAAAAGAUAAUACAAACAAAAAAACAUGCGUUUUUAUUUAAUUUAAUUUUUUAUCAUCUUUGGAAUGCAAGAGAAAGGCCACAAUAUAAUAUUGCAGUUUAGGCGCAAUUUAGAUUUUGACCACUAGAUGGCAGCAGUGUGUGUGCAACAUUUCAGAUUGAUCCAGUUAAGCAUUGCAAUACUGGACUAUUUUCUAUCAAGUCUGCCCAAAUCUGCCGAAUUGGUCAAUUGAUUCAUUUUCGAGUACAUAACUAUAGAGAACAUACUCAAAUGAUAUGGUAAUACAAAAUGUACGUUUAUACACUCCCAGGAAUGUCAUACAUGAUGGAUCAUUAGCUUAUACACUAACUUUCACACAUCUAGAUGGCCGGGCGGGGUGGGUUUGGAGCCAGAGACAGCAUGGGUUCAAACUGUAGAACCCAGUUCCUACAUUUGAAUAUAAAAAUGGAUUUUAUCAAACAAAACUAUGCUACAUUUUAUCCCUUAGGAUAACAAAUCAGAGCAAGAUUACUGAAUGUAACCACAUUAUUUACCUUCAGAGGUGAAUGUAUCAAACCAGUUGCCGUGAUACGUUUUUUGUUGUUGUGCACUCUCCUCAAACAAUAGCAUCGUAUUUUUUCACUGUAAUAGCUACUGUAAAUUGGACAGUGCAGUUAGAUUAACAAUAAUUUAAGCUUUCUGCCCAUAUAAGACAUGUCUAUGUCCUGGAAAGUUUGCUGUUACUUACAACAGUCAUGCUAAUCACAUUAGCGUACGUUAGCUCAAUCGUCCCGUAUACGGGACACCGAUCCCGUAGUGUGAUGAGGUGUGAAUGACAGAGUCAGGCGCAGGAGGUAAAACACCGAAAUCAAGAGUUUAUUCAGUGUACAAUAAUGUAGCGUAUAUAGCGACAGAACGAAACUAGCACAAAGGGAAAAUCAACCUUGGCUGCAUACAAGUAAAGAGUAGCUCAACCGAGCUACUCACUCCCACAACGAACAAUCACUCACAAAGGACAAGGGGGCAGAGGGAACACUUAUACACAGACUAAUGACGGAAUGAGUACCAGGUGUGUGUGAUUGACAAAACAAGACAAGACAAGACAAAUGGAGUGAUGAUAAAUGGAGCGGUAGUGGCUAGUAAGCCGGUGACGACGAACGCCGAAACCUGCCCGAGCAAGGAGGAGGGGCAGCCUCGGCUGAAUUCGUGACACGUAGAGGUUAACAAAUAGUUCAUUAACAUUCUACAUGAACAAUUUUGUACUGAAUACUUAACAUAUUACGUUGUUUUGCUCUCCUGUGUUCCUUGUUAAGUUUAUGUUAUUUUGUACAACCCAAUCACAAAAUCACUCAACAAUUAUUUAACUAUACUUUCUCGUUGGUUUAUCUGUAUUGCUUUUUGUUUGUUUAUUUCAUGCAUGUUGAACAUCUGAAUGUGAUAUACAUUAUACCAUUCGCCUUCAAUUGGCACGUACAGAAUAUUAAAAUGAGUCUCUCUCUGAAAUGAAGUUUAUUGUCCAAUCAUUGGGUUUAUUUUAUUUUGUUGUAUGGUUCCUCGUGACGUUCUAUUUGGAUAUGAUGAUACUAUUAGUGUCGGUUGACAUGUAAAGUGUAUUCAUUGCAAGCUUCACAUCUCUGUCUCCUUCCCACGCCUAACCCAAGCCAAGUCUGUGCAGGAGAAACUAGCGGAGGCCAUUUUGAAGGAGGCCCAGAGUCACUCAGAACCAGAGCUGAGUGACACAAGCACUGAGACAGAGGAAGACCCCACUGAGAAAACCCAACAACAGGACACCACUGGUGCAAGUUUCAGUCAUUUGUCCUUAACACCUAUGCAUUAUGUUUAGUGUGUAACAACAUUUCAUCGGUCACUCACCUCCUCACCCAUUUUUUUCUCUAGGUGCGGAUCCGGAGAGAAUUAUGGCUUUUACUCUGCAGCGUCAGAUCAGUACAGAGGAGGUGAAGUGUGACUCACAGAGUGCUUCCGAGGAACAAGGAGAAGUCAGCACUGAGCUGAAGAAAGAGGAGGAAGAUGAUGCACCAGAGUCUGAACAGAAAACUGAAGAGGCCAGUGAGGUGACAGACAGAAGAGACAGACAGCAAAAUAGAAACAGAGGCUGAAAAAACUGAGGACAGAAGGGCAGAAGAUGAGACUGUGGAGCUUCAGGCAGACGAGCCAGCAAAAGCGAGUGAUCCUGUAACUAGUGUAGAAGAGCAGCAGGAGGAGAAAACCACCAUGGAGCCUGACAAACCACCAUGGAGCCUGACAAACCACCAUGGAGCCUGACAAACCACCAUGGAGCCUGACAAACCACCAUGGAGCCUGACAUACCACCAUGGAGCCUGACAAACCACCAUGGAGCCUAACAAACCACCAUGGAGCCUGACAAACCACCAUGGAGCCUGACAUACCACCAUGGAGCCUGACAUACCACCAUGGAGCCUGACAUACCACCAUGGAGCCUGACAAACCACCAUAGAGCCUGACAUACCACCAUGGAGCCUGACAUACCACCAUGGAGCCUGACAUACCACCAUGGAGCCAGAAAAGGAGGCAGAGGAGACAAAAAGCACCAAGGACGAUGAGUCGUCUGCACCAGAAGAACCAGAGAGCAAGACCGAGAUAGAAACAGCUGUGAUGAAUGGGGCAGGGGCUGAGGUGGUUGAGAGUGAAUCAGUAGAGAUGAAGGCAGAGCCCACAGCAGAGUCGGAAUCCCUCAGCCAUAAAGAUACGUCUAUAACUAACAAAGACAGGCAGGGAGAUGAGGAGGAGGACAUGGUUGGAGGCACAGAGACAGAAGUCAAAGGAGAGAAUUCAAACAGCACGUCAGAGAAAAGUGGAGAUACCACUGUCUGUGCUGGGAGAUGAGAAGAGUGAGGAUGAGCCCGGAAGACAAACCUGAGAGUGACACAGGACAGGCUACGACGGAAGACAGAUCAGAAAAAUAAUCUGGUAAGGAUGAAGUUGGAGUAGCGACUACUACAGAGGAUAAGGGAAGUGAUAAGGUAGAAGAUGAGAUUGGCCAAACUGAAGUAGAGGAAGUAAAAGAUGGAGAAAAGACUGGAGAUGAUAAGGAGGAGAAAAAGGAGGAGACUGAGGAAGCAAAGACUGGAGAAAAUGAAGAGAAAGUCAGUGAGGGUAAGGUAGACGAAAGUGUGAACGAUGGGGAGGAUAACGCAGAAGAGGGUACAGAGGGUGGAGAAAAUGCUGAAGGGAACAAGGCAGAGGAGGGAGAAACAGAUGAAGGAAAUCAGGCAGAGUGA